AACUGAACACUAUCGCUUAGUUAUUGCAAGGUGUGAAUUAAGCAUCCAGAGUCAUGUGCUAGAUCGGCCGAGCACUGUUACUUAUUCGUAUUCUAGUUUACUUACCUUUUUUUGAUGGGCUCCACCCUACGGUGCUCAUUCUGACCAUACUCAGAGUUUACAUAUAUCUUCCGUGUGUACUAUCAAAUUCCCCUAUCUGAGCUACAAUGAGCAAUGCCACAACUCCACGCCAGGGGGCACUUAAUGUAUUAACCUGCAGUAACCCCGGCGGUGUAUUCGACCCUGCUCUGCGAAGUCCAAGUGGACCUGAGCGAGGGACCUCAGCAUAUACCAUAAAUCCUACCAGCCCUAAUAGUAUGAGACGGAUUCCACAUACGAAUGCACCAGAAGGAGCCAUACCAAGUGCACACCGGACGUCUGUGGCGUCUAUAUCGUUAGUUAGCAAGAGCAUGGCAAGCAGUAUUGCAGACACAUUUAUGCAACAACAACAACAACAACAACACGGUGGUGGCCCAGUUCACGCCCAACUGAAGGGGGGGAGGUCUGGGUUACGUCAACAGAAGAGCUCGGGGAGUGUUGGCAGUGUAGGAAGUAUAGGAACUAUUGGACCAAGGGGGUCACAGCCAAAUUUAGACCAACUGCUGCAGCAGAACAUGCAGCAGCAAUCACAACACAACAAAGGCCUGCAAUACAAUAGUGCACAACAACAAUCACUGGCACAGCUCACGUCGCAACAACAACUGCGCCUGCCUUCACGUGUGCGUCGUAGUAGUCAUGCACGCAGUGAUACGGGGGGGCAUGAGUCUACGAGCAAGCAUAAACAAUCCUUGGUACAAUUACCCAACCAAGGUCUGACUACGUCUCGAUCAACGGGGCAGAUGAUGGGCAAUAGGCGCAAAAGUAUGGAUGUAGCCUGCAUGAGCCAGGGGGUCAAUAUAGACGAACUACCGGCGGUCAAAAAGGAGUCCAGUGUGUUGUCUAUGCGUCGUUCUCGCAGCAGUACAUUCUCACUCUGGGGGGAUAAGAAGGAGAAGAAGAAUCCCGCGGACGAGUUUAAGAAGAUUGAAGGCAAGCAAAGGACUUUGUCUGUGACAUCGAAAGAUAAGGAUAAUAAUCCAAGCUCUGGGGAAACUAGGGUGGUUGGAGAUUACAUACUGGGAGAAACGAUAGGGAAGGGUCGGUAUUCAAUAGUCAAAAUUGCAUCACAUCGGAUAACGAAGGAAAAAGUGGCUGUCAAGAUUGUCAAUAAGCGUAAGCUGAGCAAGGAGGAUCUGCGCGUGUUGAAGAGGUAUUUUUUUACUACAAAGUGA